CCAGAGGGGAGCGGGGAGGGAAGAGGGCAGAACCUCAGAGAGGGGCUGUGCAGGCUCGAGAGCUCUGGCUUACAGGUCAAGUAACUGGAUUUCCAGUCCUCCCUCUGCCACUGUAAAAGUCCUGGGCAAAUCAUCGCCCACUUGCAACCUCAGUCUCCUGGUCCGCAAAAUGGGGACAAUAGUGCCUCUCUCUCAGGACUGCUGUGAGAAAUAAGGUAAUGGACGUAAAACACCCAGUAUGGGGCCUGGGUGCUCAGGAAACACGAGCUUCCUAAUGCUGGGGCCUCUGGGGAGCAGGUAGGGGCUGUGCCUGCUCCUAGGGCCCCCUUCUCUAUACCCCCUCCUUUAGCUUGGGCCCCUUCUUUCUCCCUUUCCUGGCACAUCCCCUCAGGAAUGACCCUGAGUGGGUGGCUUCAUCAUCUGGCCACAGUUUCCCCAUCUGUAAUUCAGACCUGAGCCAUGGAUUAGAUGGUGACAAGGUGUCCUUCCCCUGGGGGGACGGGGGACAGCCUCCCCUGGUGAUGGCUCAGUCGUGUGUCUCUGUCUGGCCCUGAAUGCCAUUAAUAGUUAGUUACUAGUGUAUAACUGAGUGCUUGUUACAUGCACCCUGCAUGGAUUAUCUUGUAGGAUCUUCACAGCAAUCCCAGGAGGAAGGUACUGUUAUUAUCACUCCCAUUUACAUAUAGGGAAGGUAAGACAGGAGAGGUCUUAAACCCAGGGUGCCUUGUUCAAACCAAAACCAAACCUGUUGCCAUGGAGUCGAUUCUGACUCAUGGUGACCCCAUGCGCUACAGAGUAGAACUGUGCUCCAUAGGGUUUUCUAGACUGCAAUCGUUAUGGGAAGCAGAUCACCAGACUUUUCUUCCAUGGCACUGCUGGAUGGGUUUGAACUGCCAACCUCUAGGUUAGUAGCUGAGAGCAAACCGUUUGCAUCCUCUAGGGACCCUGCCUCGCUCCAGGCCUCCAUAGUUUAUCACUCUCCUGUCUCUUGAGGUGUCCAGUCCUUGGGGAGCAAGAAGCUGUGGGGUUCUAUUUCACAGAUAAGUAAAUCAAGGCAUCUGGGAUCAAGGGUCCCUGCUAGGAAGAAUUUUGACCCCAGAUUUGGCUCCUCUGUUGCUAACGACAGACCUUAUCCUUGAGAACAGGUUGGAAGGCAAUGUCCACGUGGGUUUGGGACCCUGAGCCCACUCCCCCACUCCCACAGCCAGGCUGGACCCCAGGGGAAGGGAACAGACAGAGGUCGGGUGCUGCCUCACUUUCAGGGGGACCAUUUUGCCUGGCACCCUCAUGCCCCAGCUAUAUCUCUAGGCCCAAGUACCUCCUGCCAAGUGUGCUGUGGGACUCUUUGGCCUGGAAGGGGUACCCAAGAGGUGGCUGCAGGCUCUCUGGAAGCCCGACGCGUGCAGAGGCCAUGGGUGCUUUCAGCAGGCUUGUCCACACAGCCCCUAAUCCCCACGACAGCUGCUGCCAAAGGGCCAGAGGCCUAUGGGUGCUUGGGAAGAUAGCAGUCAGCCUGAGAGGAAGCCAAGGUCACCACCCUUUGGGAGGUGUAGGCAGGCCCCCGGUGCCUCUGUCACCUGGGAGGCUGUGUGGUACCUGAGAGUUGGGAGCCCUCCCUGCCUUGCUGUUUGACUUAGUUAUGUCACUAUUCUCCGAGUCAAAUGCGGAGGCCAGCACUCCUCAUCUGUAGAAUGGGAAGUGGUAAAUGCUGAAGGGCCUGUCCAGAGUUCUGUCCCUUUGUCCAGCUCCGGGGGCCCUGGAAGCCUCUUCCUAGGGCACCUCUGCUUGGUGCCAGAUCUCUGCUCAACUGUUCCUGUGCCAGGUCCAGACCCAGAGCCGCUCAGAAUGGGACCUACAGGGAGGGAGCCAUGGGUCCUGGCUUUGGAAGCGACAACACAGCUCAGGGGGGACUGCUCAGCCCCUGGGGCGCCUGCGGAGGCCAGCUGUGGGCAGCGCCUCUGACCUGGCCAGCUCUGCCUCCAUGGGGCUUGAGACCCUGGCAUUGGCAGUGGUCUCAGCAGAGCCUACCUGUGCCAGGAGCCCUUCAUGCCUGGUGCCAGUUCCUGGACAUUUGGGACAGGGACCCCCAGGCUGUGCUUGCCCACAGCCACCAUACACAGCCCCAGAGGUCCCUCUGAGGCCUGAGGCACCUUGUAACCUGGAAGAAGUGCUCCUGCUACCCCACCCAGCACCCUUCCCCACGGCAGAGCGGGCAAAGGGCGAGCCCGCUAUCCCAGGGCCGGCCCUGCCAGAGCCAGCCCAAACCCUCCAUGUGCACCCCUCUGCCAGAAGGACCCGCUACCACAUCACAGUCACCCUGCAGGGGUGUGGGCAGGCACCUGCGGAGGAGAGGGAGGAGCCUGAACCGGCCCGACCAGAUCCCCAACCCUGUGGCCCUGAGGAAUCCAGGGGCUGGCCGGAGACUCCCCAGGGGCCCCGCCCCAUCACAGGGUGCCGGACCUACCCGCCCCAGGAGCGCCAGCUGAGAGCCCGACCACAUCAGGACAGCAUGGCCCAGCAGCAGGAGCUCCAGACUAGCCGGAAAUCUGGGUCCCCACACAGCCGGGAGCUGGACCACAGGGAGACAAGGACACCUCAGGACACGUUGCCGGGGCCCAACAUGGAGGAGGCAGGUGGGCCCGCGGCCCGGGCCGAGGCCCGAGUGGUGAGCUCCACGCUGACGUGGCGGCAGCGGCCUCCUGCCCGGGAAGAGACCAGACAUCGUUUUCACAAGGUAUCUCUGGUGUCAGGGACCCGGACAGAAGCCUCCCGGGAGUUUGAGUACAGCCACUGUCGAGAGGAAGUCAAUGGUUUUGCUACACGGGAAGAAGAGACUGUGAAUUACCAGGGCCCCCGGGAUGAGGCUGGCUCAAAUAGCUUUCAGAGCCAUGGGCCCAUCUUUUCCAAGAAGUACACACCACCCCCCAAGGAGAAGAGGCCAGUGGGGAGGCUGAAGGAGGCCAUGGACCAGGUUGAUGGCAGCCCCCAGCCCCCCAAGACUGAGCCCCCAGGCCUAGGAGCCCCAGCCAGGGAUGAGUUCUUCGUGCCCUUGCCUGGGCCCCGUGAGCUGAGCCCUCACCCAGGUAUAGGUCUUACCAGCGAGGGUCCUCGGAUCUGUGAGGAACGGCGAGUGACACGCACUGUGCGGACUACCACAGUGGUGGAAGGGCACGUGGACCGACGGGUGAGCAGCUCUGUGACUGUGAGGCCGGUGCUACCAGGCGACGCCCUGCCCAGAGGUCGCAAUGCUGCCCGCACGGUCCGGGCAGUGGUGGUGAGCCCCCGGGCAAAGGGCUCACCCAGCCACAGCCAGGCCUUGGAGCUGCUAACAAGCCUUGUGCCUCCUGAGCACAGCCCACCUGCCAGUCGGCUUCCCAGGCCCACGGUCACUGUGCCAAGGAGCCCAGGUCUGGGCAGCACAGCAGGCGAAGUCCUGGGGCAGCCGCCUAAGACUGGGGCAGCAGAGCCAAAGGACAGAUCUGCUCUGGCCCCUGCAGGCAUCCCAGCUGGUACUCACCCAUCUCAAUGCCAGCAUGUCCCUGCCACCCACCCAGACCAAGACCAGGGGAGAGCUCCAGAGGCCAGGACCCAUGAGGCCUCUAGGGUGCAGGGAGCCUCCGGUCCCAGUCAGCUCUCUCUCCAGACUUCUCAGGGCAAAGUACCAGGACCUUCCUCUCCCAGACUUCAGACCCAUACCCCCUCCCUGGGCCUAGUGCACCCCCCAGAGCAGCCUGUGGUACCCAUUCACUCCAGGUCCCAGCACACUCUCAAGCCCAGGGUGCCCCAUGACCUGCCCUCUGUAAAAAGAGAAGGGCUCACAGAUCCUCCGGCUACCACCACCCUGCCCAUCGUGAGGAACGAGGUCGCCAUGGCUCCUGGACAACUUCUUGCUCCAUCCUCUACAAAAAGGAAGGAUGUCCCCAGCCCAGGUUUUUCUGCUCCAUACUCCCCAAGCAAUAACGUUGUUCAGGACUCUGAAGACAUUUCUUCCUUCUCCCUUACCCAGAAAGAGGUUGUACAGGGUCCUGGUGUUCCUGUUGACCCAUCCCUCAUCCAAAAGGAAGUAGUGCAAGGGCCUGGUACUCCUGCUGCCUCAUCCCCCGAACCAAUCAAGGUUGUCCAGGGCCCAGAGGGCAGCCCUAGCUCAUCCUCCACCCAAAAAGAGGUUGCCCAGGGUAUUGAAGGCAGCCUGGCCCCUUCCUUCACCAAUGAAGAGGUUGUCCAAGGCCCAAUUACUCCUGCUACUCCAUCUCCCAAACAGGUUGCCCAGGGCUCUGAAGGGACCCCCAUCUCAUCUCCCACCCAAAAACAGGAUGUCCAGGACUCUGGUGCUUCUGCUAUCCCAUUUUCUACUCAGAAAAUGGUUGUCCAGGGCCUUGCUGUCCUCCCUGUCCCAUCCUCCUCAGUAGACAAGGUGUCCCCCAGCCCAGGAAGCCCCCCUAUAACCGGGCCAUUGGAAACAGAGGCCAGCCUGAAGUCCCGGCUUGUCCCUGACUCCACCAAGGACAAGGUGCUCCCAGAGCCAUCGAGGGAGGAAGAUGAGGUGGCCCUGACUGCAGACCUGGAGAUUUUCCUGGAUACCCUGCGGAGCAUGGAGCCCCCUGAGAUCCUCCGCACUCAGCGGAUGCCACGAGCCCCCCGCUCCUCCUACCUGGCCAUGUAUGCCACGCUGCCUGCCAUUGAGGAGGACCAGCUUGGGCCAUGGGUGCCAGGGCCUGGCCCCCAAGAGGUGCCAGCACUGGAGGAGGAGGAGGGGGAAGAGGAGGAGGAGGAACCAGAAAACCCCUACCUGAGCGACGAUGAGAAGCUCCAGCGCAGGCAGGAGAAAGCUGGGCCCAGCCCCUCUUGGGAAACCCGGCCUGCCAAGGCUCCCCAGGAUUUCCUCUCCCCUCUGGAGAUGAUGAAGAAGCAUGUAACAGGUGUCAAGGGCUCCCACCCAGAGCUGGGGCCUGAGUGGCAGGCUGGCAGCAGGCCCACUUCCCGUCUUGGAGGCAGCCUUCUCUUUGGUGGUCUGGUGCCUGCCACCAAGGAAGCCCCCACCCUGGAGCCACUGGGCACAAAACUAUCUGCUCUGCCGCCCCACAGGGCACCAGGGCUCAGGAAGGUGCCAGGACAGUUGCCCCUGCUCUGCAGUGAAAGGCCAGCGCCAGAGAAGCCUGCCCAAGCCCAGCCCCUGGAGGGGUGGAGCCCAGCAUUGAAGACCCAGGGCAAGCUGAAUACCAGGCCUGGAAAGAUGAUUCUUUUCUCGGAGCCCAGUUGCCAGGGCAGCAGCAGGGAGGUCUGGGAAGACAUUGCUGAUGCCUCAGGCUGGGCCCUUGUGGCCUCCAUAAGGGUGGUGCGAGGCUGCUGGGUGCUAUAUGAAGAGCCGGAGUUCCAGGGCCGGAAGCUGGUCUUGCCUGAAGGAGAUGUGGAACUCCAAGCCCCAGGGACAGCAUGGAGCCCCAAAGGCAUUGGCUCCCUGAGGAGGGUUGUCCAGGACUACAGCACCCCGGAGAUCAGCCUGUUCUCUGAGGAGGACCUCAAAGGGGAGCAGGUGAAGCUAACCCAAGCCUUGGAGAACUCCGAAGGCUUAGGGAGGCCUCUGCAGGUGGCAUCUAUCACUGUCUUCACAGGACUGUGGCUAUUGUACCCUAAACCCUUCUUUGAGGACACUCCCUGCAUCCUGGAGCCUGGAGAGUACCACACCUUGGAGGCCUGUGGCACAACCAACCUCAGCGUGGGCUCCCUGAAGCCCGUGACUUUGGGCUGCCCCAGUGUGGAGAGGCCAGGGGAACCCAAGGCUGUGGUGUUUGAGGCCCCAGGUUUUCAGGGCCAGAGCUGGGAAGUGAGCCGAGACAUCUACAAUCUGAGGCAGCCAGAGGACAGCCAGAGCCCCCACCUGGCCUCCGUGGGGUCCCUGCGGGUCCUUGGGGGCUGCUGGGUGGGCUACGAAAAGGAGGGCUUCCGGGGCCACCAGUACCUGCUGGAGGAGGGGGAAUACGCCGACUGGUCACACUGGGGAGGGUACGACGAGGUGCUGACCUCCCUGCGGGUCAUCCGCACGGAUUUCGCCGACCCGGCCGUGGUGUUGUUUGAAGCUAUGGAUUUCGAGGGGCCCGGAGUCGAGGUGAGCGAGGCGCUGCCCGACGUGGAGCAGGCGGGACACGGGCCACAUACUCAAGCCAUCCACGUGCUGAGCGGCGUGUGGGUGGCCUAUCAGGAGGUGGGCUUCUCCGGCAAGCAGUACGUGCUGGAGAAGGGCGUGUACCGCAACUGCGAGGACUGGGGCGCGGGCAACAGCGCCCUCGCCUCGCUGCAGCCGGUCCUGCAGGUCGGGGAACACAAUCUGCACUUUGUCUCAAAGAUUCAGCUUUUCUCUGGCCCCGACUUCCUGGGCGACCACAUCUCCUUCGAGGAUGACCAGGCCUCUCUGCCCUUCUUCCAGCCCCAGUCCUGCCGGGUCCACGGCGGCAGCUGGAUCCUGUUCGAUGAGAAGAACUUUGAGGGUGACCAGCACGUUCUCUCCGAAGGCGAGUUCCCCACUCUCACGGCCAUGGGCUGCCUAGCCUCCACGGUCCUGGGCUCUCUCCAGAAGGUACCCCUGCACUUUUCAGAGCCCUCCAUAUUCCUGUAUGGGCUGGAGUGCUUCGAGGGGAAGGAGAUUGAGCUCAACAGCGAGGUGCGGAGCCUGCAAGCCGAGGGCUUCAACAACCACGUGCUGUCCGUGCGGAUCAAGGGGGGCGUCUGGGUGCUAUGCGAGCACAGCGACUUCCGAGGCCGCCAGUGGCUGGUGGGCAGCUGUGAGAUCACCAACUGGCAGACAUACAGCGGGACCCAGAGGGUGGGCUCCCUCUACCCCAUCAAGCAGCGCCGGGCUUAUUUCCGCCUCUGGAAUGCUGCCCUGGGGGGAUUCCUGGCAGUGCCGGACCAUGUGGAGGACAUGAAGGCGGGCCGGGUGGUGGUCUCAGAGCCCCGAGCUGGAGGCAGCUCCAUCUGGUACUACGAGGAUGGGCUACUGAAGAACCAGGUGGCCCCUACCAUGAGUCUGCAGGUAAUUGGGCCCCCCAGCACAGGCUCCAAGGUGGUGCUGUGGGCCGAGAGCCGCCUGCCCCGCCAGACAUGGAGCAUCAAGGAAUCAGGCCACAUCUGCAGCCAGAUGUUUGAAGAACGAAUCCUGGAUGUGAAGGGAGGCCGGGGCUACGACCGGGACCAUGCGGUGCUGUGGGAGCUAGCCAAGGACAGGGCCUCCCAGAUCUGGACCAUCCACGUGCUUUGAGCCCCCCUCCCUUUCCCCCUCCUCUCCUGAAGCCCUGGAGGCUGUCGUGGGGAUGAAAUGUUUUUACACGUUUUUUUUGUUGUUGUCGUAACAUAAGCUGUUUUCUAAUAUACUUCCAGGUACCCUCAUCUCUGUGCAUCUUGAUAUUUGGGAGGUGGGGUGGGGUGGGGGCGGGGAGAGCACUUUGUCUACCUGCGGUCUUCCUCCAACACACUCAGGCUGGCUUCUCCCCUCCCUGCUCCAGUUCUGGGGCUCGGAUGCAAGGCCUCCCUCUGCCACUAGAGGGAGCCCUGGGACCGGACAAACUGGCUAAUGUGGCCCUUUAUGCAAUCCCCCGGAAUGAAGUGUUCUAAGAGCCUGCUCAGUGCCAGGUCUUGCAGGAGUGAAGGGCUUUCUGAGCCUCUGUAACUGGGGGUAUCCAGGGUCUGGGUGGGGCUUGGGGGGUCCUCUGGGACCAUCAUUCCCAGACACCAAGGAGCGAGUGAAGCAAAUGCAACUAAAAAGAGAUGGCAGGUCUGGGCCUCAUCCCUGCAAGGUGAUUGCAAGGGGAGGAGCCCUCAGCAUUUGGACUUCGGGGUAGGGAAGCUGGAGUGGUAACUCCCUGGUGCCGCCUCUCCAGCUGAUGGAGGCGCUGCUGCAAACUUGGCUUCUAGGGCCCUGCACUGUCCAGUGACCGCACACAGGACCCCACUCCA